AUGGCGACGACGCCUGAUUUAGAUUCAUCCGUGGAUGUGAUGCGGGCCAAGUUAAAAGGUGUUUGCGUCGAGCCUGGCGCCUUAGUGUCCCUGCGCGAUGCUCCGGCGUUUGAGAUGGUGAUGCGCCUCAACCAGCGUCACAGGGGGAAACUGGUUGCCGCCCUCCUGACAAGUAGCCGCACUCCCGGUGUAGCCAAGUCCGACGAUGCUCUUCAGGGGGGUUUAAAGGAGGAUAACCGUGAUACAAUUGGUUCCACGCGCGGCUCGGAGUACAGCCGUCUAGUUUUUGUGCCUGCGGCGUAUGAAGUGUUUCUUGAAAAUGAAAUGCAAAAGUGGUUGGACCCCUUUUAUGGUCGUGUGGAGGCUGCGGCCCUCAAGCGUGCUCGCGGUGAGCGGGACAACUCCAGUAGUGACGAUGAGGAGUUCAUGGGUGACGGAGUAGACAACGACGAUUCAUUGUCCGACUAA